UACACUGGACUUAUGUCAGCCAUCUUGUUUUGUGCAAUUUUACUUUAUUAUUACAUUAGCAGCCCUCAUCGUAAUUGACAUAGGUAGACCGGCAGACCAUAGACUACAGACAAGCUAUGUCCAUCUUCGAGUCAUUCUCCGUAAUAUCGUUUAUUUUGGUUCAUAUCCUUGCCCUGUUCUUUGGCUGUCUGGUAUUGUUGAGAAUUGCCUGGACAAUAAUUCGUAACCCAUCGGCCUUGAAGGCGGUCAAAAUCACAGCUCCUACAUCAUUGACCAACCCUGAGUUUGGUGAGCACUGCUAUAUGCGUACACCAUCAGGCCUAAACUUCCACUAUGUCGCCAAAGGUGAUCUAAACAAACCGUUGAUGCUCUGCCUGCAUGGGUUCCCUGAGUUCUGGUAUUCUUGGAGAUAUCAGCUUCAAUGGCUUAGUGAGAAUUAUAGAGUUGUUGCAAUGGACAUGAGGGGAUAUGGUGAAAGCGACCACCCUAAGGGAAGAGGUGAAUAUGUAAUGACAAAAUUAACACAAGAUGUCAGGGAAGUUAUGAGUGGCCUAGGGUUUUCAUCUUGUAUCCUGGCCUGUCAUGACUGGGGAGGGUUCAUUGGAUGGACAUUUGCUCAUCAAUUUCCAGAUAUGGUGGAGAGACUGAUUAUUGUCAACUGUCCACACCCAAUGGCUGCUGAGAAAUACGUCUUUACCCAUCCAUCACAGUUGUUGAGAUCGUGGUAUGUCUACUUCUUCCAGCUACCCUACCUACCCGAGUUCUGGAUAGCUCUCAAUAACUAUGAAGUUUUUGAGGAUAUGUUCAGGGGAGAACAAAUGGGAGUGAGAAAGCCAGGAUCUUUAACAGACGAAGAUCUGGCAGCAUAUAGAUAUAUGUUCAGCCGCGAAGGGGCUCUCACACCUCCCCUGAACUACUACCGCAAUGUGCUGGUCCGCACCAAGAGUGACAGGGACUUAUUUAAGGCAAGAUUUAGGAAACCCGUCCUUGUCAUUUGGGGAACUGGCGAUCGUGCUCUUGAAUCUGGUAUGCUUGAAGGAACUGCUGACUUCGCUCCAAAUUUGACAAUCAGGUAUGUUGACGGUGCGUCCCAUUGGGUCCAGCAAGAGGAACCCGAAGUUGUGAACGAGUGUAUCCACGACUUCCUGACAGCGCAGUCGUAUGAAAUGAUCAAUAGGCCCAACUAAUAAUGCAAGCCAAACUCGUAUAUUCUGCGGUCACUAUAAAUAGUCCCGAUCCUUGAGAUCCUUUAUUUAGAUACCUCUAUAAGGUUUCUUUAAAAAAAUUAAAUGUUCACUUGUUUUGGUCCCAAGGGUAUAGCUGCUUGAUAAGGUACCACAAGUUUACUACGACUCAUGUGAAUUCAAUCGCUUUUACCGGUUUUUCAUCAGUCUUCCGUAGCCCCCCCUCCCCCUCCAAACCCCCAUGAUUCUAGUUUCAAUAUACACUUAUUUCAAAUAAGUUUGCACUCAAGAAUCCGUGUAUCAUAUUCCGAAGUGGCUCUAUGUUACGUAUAAAUGGUUGAAUCAAGUACACGAACAAGAAUGAAGCUUUUUCAAAACUGGAUUUGUUUGAUCCACGGCCAUUACUUGUUUAUUUGAUUACACUGAAGCACUGUGAGUUACAAAACAGUGCAACUUUAUUUGACAUGGGUAUAUAAGGCCAAGAUAAUGGCUAGGAAAAUCAUGUGGGGCCCUUCAGGUUCUUCACUAUCCAUUUGAGUGGCAGUAUCUCGAAGUAUCCAUUACGGUGUCAGUUUGUUGGGUAGAACUCGUGACGCAGCCUUUUUAGCCGGUUAUUUUGUAGUUGGAGCUAGUGAUUUAAAUAUUUAUAUAGAAUCGUGACAUAUUGGCCAUGACAACCUGUCACAUGAAGCGGAUGGACUUAAAAUUUAAGUAUGGGACCCAAAAGGUAAACCAGUUGUAUAAAUUGCCUUCAUAAUUCUUGUUUGUUUGAGUUGCAUCAUGGGGGUUGGGGGGGGGGGGGGGGGGCGUCGGAAUGGAAGGCAUGGUUGAGACAUGGUUAUUAGAUGAGUAUUGGAAUCGUGUGGACAUAGAAUCGUCUAUUAAAAAGAUUUUCUGAUAAGAAUUAUGGAUUACAGAUUCCCGAACUGCGUCAAAGGGCUGUGAUAAGAUGUUGUGAAUUAAAAAUAGAAGAAAAUUAAAGAUGUGUAUGUAAAUAGCGAAAUUCAAGAGAUGCUAAAUAAAACCGCUUCUUUCCA